AUGGGUUUCUCAAGUUUUUUAGGUCUGAUCCAAGGCUCAAAUGGAUUGAGUGUCACACAUGUGCCGACAGAUUUUACUUAUUCUUAAUUUUUUUUGCUAAUGCACCAGGUCGUUUCAUCGGGCAACAAGCUGACUAUAUCGAACACGUGGGAGAAGAUAAUGCAUGGGUUUGAUGAUUUGACAUCCAUUAAGCAUCUUCCUUUCGCUAAUUCUUGGCAUUCGCUUUGGGACACAUUCAGCAUAAGCAAUUCCUGGCGUUUGUUUCCAAAAAUACACGUCGUAAGCAUACUUGAAGAGCUAACAAUAUGGGGUUGCACGCACAUCCCACCUAUACGCUGCCUGCCCGAACAGACAGUUCUCCGAAGCUUGGUUGUAAAAGACUGUCCUGGAAUGCAAGUCGUGACAGAUGAACUGCUUCCACGCACGCUCGAUUCCUUGGUAGUUGAUAGCUGCGAGGACCUAAGGUGUUUGCAGUUGGCGCAGCAGAACCGAGAUGCACUUAAUGAGCUGCAGAUUGUGAACUGCCCCAAGCUCACAAUGGUGGAAGGGCUGAAUUGCAUUUUCUUCCCCAAAUUCUUAACAAUAGAGCAAUGCCCUCAACUCCUGCUUCCGCAUUCAGAGGAAGAAGAGCGCAAAGAAACAAUUGAUGAUAUGGAAUGAGUGAUGAGAUGUGGGGUGAUUCAACAAGUGAUGAGGUGUGAGGUGAUUGCAAUAUGGCCCAAUUCCCAGAAGGGCUUCCUUCUAGUAGCAGCUCCCGUUCCCCGGCACAUAUCCUUGCAGAACCAUUGAAAUCGAUCGGCACGAGGCCUAUUAAAUCUAUUUUUAAUUAUUUUUAUCUAAGCAAUAAAAAAACUAAGUUUAUAUAUUUCUUUUUUGCUUUGAUACAAAAUUGAACAUUUGCUGGUAUGACACACGCACGUACUGCACCAACAAGUAUUUGGCAUGGGUGUCGGCAAUGAUAUUUAAAUCCGUGGUCAACAUUAACCAAGGUUGAUUGCUGUCAUCUUCCUUGAAUGUACAAUGUGUUAA